AUGGACGCAACAACUAUGCAGGCCUCGCGAGAAUUUUUCGCCGACUCGCGAAAUGAUUUCGUCGUAUAUAUCCAGGAACUGUCUUUCGGGGAGACCUCAGGUCAGGACAUCGCUACAAUCCAGACCGAGCUUCGUCGUAUAGCCCACACACUCUCUGGAUGGACGGGGCUACUAGAUGAUCCCAACGAGCUGACUUGCAGCUGUUUUUCGGACCGGUGCUACAACCUCUCGGAUGUUAUUGUAGAAGUCGCUGAGCUGGUCACUAUCAAGGACGGGCAGCUCCCUCUCACAGUCUUGAAGAUGUUCAAUAUGCUGGCUAUGCAGGUAGGACGACUCACUCUUGACGGCCAUCGCAAAGAGGACGAGUAUGCGCGGGGUUUUGAUCGCAUGGCCAAGGAUGAAGAUCGGAGAUGGCAGAUUGGCUCCCAGGGACCGGAUGACGGUAGAGCUGCACUUCUUUUUGGCCUGUGGACUCGUAUGAAUCGCAUCUCAGAGCCUGGCCCCAAUUGUUCGAAUGGCUGCGUGUGA